CGGCUGUUACGUGUCAAUACGGGGCACGGUGGAUUGUGGGAAUUCUGCCUAUGGCGGAACGGAGGGAUUGACAGGUCCUGCUCAAGGAGUGGGCAUGCUGCACGUUUGAGACGCAGUCACCGCUUUUGGGGGCGAUAGGAGUCUGCACGCUAAAGAGCGAAGAGUGAAGUCCUCGUUUCUUUGUUUGUGAAGAAAUAUCGCGAUCUGACAACAUGUCUGCCAGCACUAGCAGCCCGGAGGCCAUCAAGAAGCUGCUAGACAAUAUGCAAAGUGACCUGCGGGGCCUGUCUAUGGAGUGCAAGAAGAAGUUCCCUCCAGUGAAAGAGGCUGCUGAAUCUGGAAUUAUAAAGGUGAAAAACAUAUCUGCCAGAAGCCCUGACAUACUGACAGCCUUGAAGGAGAACAGUUCUGAAGUAGUUCAGCCGUUCCUCAUGGGCUGUGGAACAAAAGAACCGAAAAUCACUCAGCUGUGCCUUGCUGCUAUCCAGAGGCUCAUGUCGCAUGAAGUUGUGUCUGAGGCUGCAGCAGGUAACAUUAUCAACAUGUUGUGGCAGCUUAUGGAAAAUGGAUUGGAGGAAUUGAAGCUUCUGCAAACAGUUCUGGUACUGUUAACGACCAACACCGUGGUACACGAUGAUGCUCUGUCCAAGGCAAUAGUUCUUUGCUUUCGACUGCACUUCACAAAAGACAAUAUAACCAAUAACACAGCUGCGGCCACAGUCCGACAAGUCGUUACUGUUGUCUUUGAGAGAAUGGUGGCGGAAGAUGAGCGGUACAAAGAUGUUCCAGAACAGCCCGUUCCUGUCCCAGGAAACAGUAAUAGAAGAUCUGUUAGCACCCUAAAGCCAUGUGCUAAAGAUGCCUAUAUGCUCUUUCAGGAUUUAUGUCAGUUGGUUAAUGCUGAUGCACCGUAUUGGCUUGUGGGUAUGACAGAAAUGACACGCACAUUUGGUCUGGAACUUUUAGAAUCGGUUCUAAAUGACUUUCCCCAAGUGUUCCUUCAGCAUCAAGAAUUCAGUUUUCUUCUUAAGGAACGAGUGUGCCCCCUUGUCAUAAAGCUCUUCUCGCCAAAUAUUAAGUUCCGCCAAGGUUCCAGCAGCAACUCAUCCCCAGCCCCAGUCGAGAAGCCGUACUUUCCUAUAUGUAUGCGGUUGCUAAGAGUUGUGUCUGUCUUAAUUAAGCAGUUUUACAGCCUUUUGGUAACGGAAUGUGAGAUCUUCCUGUCUCUGCUGGUGAAGUUUCUGGAUGCUGAUAAACCUCAGUGGUUACGAGCCGUGGCAGUAGAAUCCAUACACAGACUUUGUGUACAGCCUCAGCUGCUUAGGUCUUUCUGUCAGUCCUAUGACAUGAAACAGCACUCUACAAAGGUUUUCCGUGACAUUGUGAAUGCCUUGGGCUCGUUUAUUCAAUCUCUCUUCCUUGUGCCAAGUGCUGGAAGUACAUCAAACCCAACGAACCAGUCAGCUGGCUCUAGUUCCAUUGCUCCAGCUUCAAAUCAGUCAACAACAGGAAUAGCAGCAGCGAGUGGAAAUGUGACUGUCCUUCCUGCUUUUGAAUACAGAGGCACCUGGAUACCUAUCCUGACCAUUUCAAUUCAAGGCAGUGCUAAGGCAACCUAUUUGGAAAUGCUGGAUAAGGUGGAGCCUCCAAACAUCCCUGAAGGUUACGCCAUGUCUGUAGCCUUUCAUUGCCUAUUAGAUCUUGUCCGUGGGAUUACCACCAUGAUUGAAGGCGAGAUCAGUCAGGCUGAAACGGACUCCCAUACCUCAGCAGAGGAGACCCUGUCGCAUACAAAACCGAGUGAUCAACAAGACCCUGCAACUCGAUCUGAUCCAGCUGAGACAGAGCCAGUUGGUAGAGCUGUUUGGGAAGAAAUGAUUAAUGCGUGCUGGUGUGGCCUGCUUGCAGCUUUAUCACUCCUACUUGAUGCAAGCACAGACGAAGCUGCUACCGAAAAUAUCCUGAAGGCUGAGAUGACAGUGGCGUCUCUGUGUGGAAAGUUAGGGCUUGUGACACCUAGAGAUGCCUUCAUAACCGCCAUUUGCAAAGGUUCCUUGCCACCUCACUACACUCUCACUGUGCUGAACAGCUCCUCUGCAACCCUAUGCAACAAAUCUUAUUCCAUUCAGGGGCAAAACGUUCAGAUAAUAAGUCCAUCAAGUGAGUCUCAUCAGCAAGUAGUAGCCGUGGGGCAACCACUAGCUCUACAACCUCAAGGCACUGUCAUGCUUACAGCUAAAAAUAUCCAGUGUAUGCGCACCUUGCUGAACCUGGCACAUUGUCAUGGAGGAUUUUUGGGGACCUCGUGGCAGCUUGUCCUUGCAACGCUUCAGCACCUUGUAUGGAUACUUGGAUUAAAACCCAGUACUGGUGGAGCGCUAAAACCUGGAAGAGCCGUCGAAGGGCCUAGCACUGUUCUAACUACUGCUGUUAUGACAGACCUGCCUGUUAUCUCCACAAUCCUCUCACGGCUGUUUGAAAGUUCACAGUACUUGGAUGAUGUGUCGCUUCAUCACCUGAUCAAUGCCCUGUGCUCAUUGUCACUCGAGGCCAUGGACAUGGCGUAUGGGAACAACAAGGAGCCAUCCCUUUUUGCUGUUGCAAAGCUGCUGGAAACUGGUCUGGUGAACAUGCACAGAAUUGAGAUUUUGUGGAGACCUUUGACUGGCCAUCUUAUAGAGAAGGUCUGCCAGCAUCCAAAUGCCAGAAUGAGGGAAUGGGGAGCUGAAGCAUUAACUUCUCUAAUCAAAGCUGGACUAGCCUUUAAACACGAACCAUUACUGUCACAAAACCAGAGAUUGCAAUUACUGCUGCUAAAUCCCUUGAAAGAACUCUCGACUAUAACCCACCACGAUAUUCGCCUCAGGCAGUUGGAGUGUGUGUUACAGAUCCUGCAGAGCCAGGGAGACAGUCUUGGGCCUGGCUGGCCACUUGUGCUCGGAGUUAUAGGAGCAAUCCGAAAUGAUCAAGGAGAAUCUUUAAUAAGGACUGCAUUCCAGUGCCUUCAGCUGGUUGUUACAGAUUUCCUUCCCACAAUGCCUUGCACUUGCCUACAGAUAGUUGUUGAAGUAGCAGGAAGCUUUGGGCUUCAGAAUCAAGAAUUAAACAUUAGCUUAACAUCGAUUGGGUUACUGUGGAAUAUCUCAGAUUACUUUUUCCAGAGAGGGGAAAUAAUUGAAAAGGAACUUAACAGGGAAGAAGACAUCCUACAGAAGCAGGCAAAAGAGAAAGGAGUGACCUUAAACCGACCCUUCCACCCAGCACCACCGUUUGAUUGUCUGUGGCUUUGUUUGUAUGCCAAACUGGGAGAACUAUGUGUAGACACGCGCCCUGCUGUCCGGAAAAGUGCGGGCCAGACCUUGUUCUCUACUAUAGGAGCCCAUGGAACUCUGCUUCAACACGCAACAUGGCACACGGUCAUAUGGAAGGUUCUGUUUCAGCUAUUAGAUCAGGUCCGAGAGUCCUCUACAACGGCUGAUAAAGAGAAGAUCGAGUCAGGAGGUGGCAAUAUCCUGAUCCAUCACUCCAGGGACACAGCAGAGAAGCAGUGGGCUGAAACUUGGGUACUUACUCUAGCCGGUGUGGCCCGAAUAUUUAACACAAGGAGAUACUUGCUCCAGUCUCUAGGUGACUUUUCCAAGGCUUGGGAUGUCCUUUUGGAUCAUAUUCAGUCGGCAGCUCUCAGUAAAAACAAUGAAGUCUCCUUAGCUGCGCUGAAAAGUUUCCAGGAAAUCCUGCAAAUCGUUACCCCAACUAGAGAGCCUGACAGGCCCGAACCAUUGCCUGGAAUAACCGUAACUGUGCCUGGUCUGGUCGGGCCUGUUACUGCAGCAGGACCAGGGAGACCUUUAGUGAGGGCCGAUUCCACAGCAGAAAGACUCAACAGUUACAAUAGCAGCGAACAGCCCAUCACUAUGGAUGAGAUUGAAGACGCUUCUCUUUGGUGGGCGGCUUGGAACACCUGGUAUAGGAUCGGCUCGGAGAGCACAAAGCCACCGGCUACUUGUGACAAACUUACAUUUAUCCCAAGCCAGCCUUUCCUUACAGCUUUAAUUCAGAUUUUCCCAGCACUUUAUCAGCAUAUCAAAACGGCUUUUAGCAUGGAUGACCUACAAAAGCUGGGGAUUAUAUUACACGGGGCUGUAUCAGUGCCUAUAAGUUCAGACGCCUCUCCUUUCAUCCUUCCCUCCUAUACUGAGGCGGUGUUGACGAGCUUGCAGGAAUCUGUGCUCACCGCUUUGGAUGUCCUACAAAAGGCAAUCUGUGUAGGCCCCGAAAACAUGCAGAAUAUGUACCCAGCAAUCUUCGACCAGCUCUCUGCGUUUGUACAGUUCUCCUGCAAACCUCCUCAGUAUGGAAAGCUGGAAACCAAGCACAUAGCAAAUGCCAAAUACAAUCAGAUCCAACUAUUUGCGCCGGCAGAAUGGGUCGCUCUAAAUUAUGUACCUUUUGCAGAGAAAUCCUUAGAAGUUAUGGUUGACCUGUACCAAAAAACGGCUUGUCAUAAAGCAGUGGUGGGUGAAAAAGUACUGCAGAAUGUGAUUAAGACUUUAAGGGUACCGUUGAGUCUGAAGUAUGCCUGUCCUUCAGAAAGCACGUGGAAGCUGGCAGUGUCCUCUCUGCUUAAAGUGCUCUCUGUUGGGUUACCUGUAGCACGGCAGCAUGCGUCAUCUGGGAAAUUUGAUGGCAUGUGGCCAGAACUGGCCAGUACAUUUGAAGACUUCUUAUUUACUAAAAGCAAAGCGCCUGACAAUCUUUCGAUUGAAGAGUUUCAAAGAAAUGAGAGCAUUGAUGUUGAGGUGGUACAGCUCAUCAGCACAGAGAUCCUGCCGUACGCCAACUUUAUUCCGAAAGACUUUGUGGGUAAAAUCAUGACUAUGCUUAACAAAGGCUCCAUACAUUCACAGUCAUCAUCCUUCACUGAAGCUGAAAUAGAUAUUAGGAUGCGAGAAGAGUUUUCAAAAGUGUGCUUCGAGACUCUACUCCAGUUCUCGUUUAGCAAUAAAGUAACAACUCCGCAGGAAGGAUAUAUCUCCAGAAUGGCUCUCUCUGUGCUCCUAAAGAGGUCUCAAGAUGUUCUGCACCGUUACAUAGAUGAUGAAAGGUUGAGUGGCAAAUGCCCCCUACCCAGGCAGCGUGUAACAGAAAUCAUAUUUGUUCUAAAGGCAGUCAGCACCCUCAUAGAUUCACUUAAGAAAACCCACCCAGAUAAUGUUGAUGGUAACACCUGGGAGCAAGUGAUCUCCUUGUACCCAACCUUAGUGGAAUGCAUCACGUGUUCAUCCUCAGAAGUUUGUACAGCUCUCAAAGAAGCUUUAGUUCCGUUUAAGGACUUCAUGCAUCCACCAGCAGCCAAGGUGCAGAACGGAGAGUCUUGACCACUUCAAAUGGAUGAAGCAGAUGAAGCCCCAAUGAAUGUUUCCUCCUAAGUGAAAUUAUUUUUCAAAAGGACAACUUUUCAUGGACAUCACUGAGCAGCCAAACCUGGCCUCCUUUUUAAAAUUCGAAUAAGCUUGUUCAUUCAUUAGUGCAAGCUUGCACCUCAAUAAAUGUUCAGUAGCUGUGUGGGUGUUUCUGAAUUUAAAAUAAUUAGAUGAAGUAAAUUAUUAUUUUGCCUUGAAGCUGGAGAGUUGAGGCAAUGUGUGAUGGUGGGCAGAUACAAAUGGCUGUUUGAUGUGUUAAGCAAAGUAUUACUUUUUGGUCAAGCUUGGUCAAGAUCCCAUUGAAAGUACAACCUGUACUUUCUUUUAUGCAAGAUAAUACUUUAACAUUCCAUAUUUUUGUUAGCAGCCUUUGUAAACCAAUUAACUGACAUAUUUGUGUGUAAAAUAAAUGGUACAGUUCUGUAAUCGAUUGUCCCAUUUAUUAUUUGAAAUCAUUUUUGGUACUGGCAGUGUUCAAUCGCACAAUGAAAUAUUUGUAGCAAUUUUUAAUGGGUGCGUAUUGUGAUCCAUAUCUGUGAACACGCACUUAUUCUCAUAAAUAUAUUAAUUUGAAUGUAUUUUGUUUGCAUUUGAACUGCAGUGUUUCAUGAUAUGAAUAUUAAAAGCACAAUGACCCAGUA